UCCACUCUUCCAAAUUUGUGUAAGCAAGAGAGAGGGAAUGGGAAGAAAUCCAAGCCCUACUCUUUUGAAGGAUGGGUUGAACAAGGGGGCAUGGACGGUGAUAGAAGACUAUAUCCUCAUUGAUUACGUCAAAAGGAAUGGUGAAGGAAAGUGGGGAAGAGUUGUAAAGGAAACGGGUCUCAGGAGGUGCGGCAAAAGCUGUAGACUGCGUUGGUUAAAUUAUCUCCGACCUGACAUUAAGAGAGGGAACAUAUCCGAUGAUGAAGAAGAGCUCAUCAUUAGGCUCCAUAAGCUUUUAGGAAACAGGUGGUCUCUCAUAGCAGGAAGGUUGCCAGGCCGAACAGAUAACAAAAUAAAGAACUAUUGGAACACAGUCUUAAAGAAGAAGUCUAAAUUAGGUGGCGAGCAACCAAAGAAUCAUAAACCGAUAAAUGAUAUCACCGUCAAAUAUCAAUGCAAUGAAGUUUUGGAGGCCAUAGCUCAUGAAGAUCAUCCAUUAGACCAAACGACAGCAGCCUCUGCCGUCUUGCCUAAAGCCUCAACAGCAAAUACAACGAUAUUGCAAGCAGAAGGUCAGGUGAUACUGCCAAUGGCCGUUGAGAAUAUUAAUGAUUGUUGUCCAUGGGACUUCACGGCCGUUGAGCACAAGCUGGGUGAAGUUUUCAUGUCUGAGUUUGUUGACUUGUUUACAAUUGCGGCCAAUGACCUCUACCCGCAGAAUAAUGGUCGCCCUGGAGAAUGUGAAAAUGUGUUCGACGUUAAGCGGAGUGUUCAUUCCUCUUCCGAUGACUUAGUUGCAGGUCCUAACUAGGUGUUGUUUGGUUAUUAAUAAAGAGAGAGCAUUUGAAGAUAAACUAGGCAUUUAGACAAUAAAAGGAGUGGAAGUGACAGAAUAAUUUUUGUGAAGACAGUCUUAGCAUUUCUUUACAGUAUUUUGAUAUUACUUUAAUUUCAUAUGCAUUGGAUAAAUAUGUUAAUAAUUUUAUAAAUAAUAUGUCAUUUUUCUUUA